AUGGAUCAACAGGUCGACGACAGCCCGGUCAUGCAAGGCGAGCGGUUCGAGCGCCGCCGUCUGCGCAUGUCGACGCUCACCAACACGCGCUGGAUUGCGGUUCUGGGCCAGAGCGUCGCCGUCACCGUCGUUGCCGCAUGGCUGGGCUUCGACUUUCCCAUCGUUGCCUGUUUCGCGCUGAUCGCCGUUUCCGCAGCGCUCAACCUUGUCCUGACAUGGGUUUUCCCGGCCAACAUGCGGCUUGGUCCGGCCCAUGUCUUCGCCGUCCUUUUCUUCGACAUUGGCCAGCUCGCCGCACUCCUGUUCCUCACCGGCGGGCUGGAAAACCCGUUCUCGGUGCUGCUGAUCGUGCCGGUGAUCAUCUCGGCGGCGACGCUGCCGGCGCGGUACACGGCCGCAUUGGGACUGGUGGUGUUCGUCUCGGCCAGCGUGCUGGUCUUCUCGCAUCUGCCGCUGCCCUGGUAUGCGGACGUGCCGCUCGACAUUCCCUUCAUCUUCGUCGCCGGCAUGUGGGCGGCGGUUCUGUCGUCGGUCGCCUUCACCGCCUUCUAUGUCUACCGCGUCGCCGACGAGGCCCGCAGCCUGGCCGAUGCAUUGUCGGCCACCGAACUGGUGCUGCAACGCGAACAUCAUCUGUCGGCGCUCGACGGGCUGGCUGCCGCCGCCGCCCAUGAGCUGGGCACGCCUCUGGCCACCAUUUCCCUUGUCUCCAAGGAAAUGGACCGCGCGACCGCCGAGGAAGAUCCGCUCAAGGAAGAUGUGCGGCUGCUGCGCGCGCAGGCCGAUCGUUGCCGCGAGAUUCUGUCGCGCCUGUCGACGCUCAACACGUCCGAGGACCUCAUUUCCCUCAUGUCGAUUCGCGAACUGAUCGAGGAACUCGCCGCCCCGCAUCGCGAGUUCGGCGUUCGCAUCGUCACCGGACACGAUGGAGACGGCAGCCCCGAACCGGUGAUGCGGCGCAAUCCGGCCGUUCUCUACGGGCUGGGCAAUCUGGUCGAGAACGCCGUCGAUUUCGCGCGACACACGGUGCGCAUCGAUCUGCGCUGGUCCGACCGCCAGGUGCGCAUAGACAUCGUCGACGACGGACCCGGAUACCCGGCUGACCAGCUUGAGAAACUGGGAGAGCCGGAUCUGGGUGCAACCCGCGACGUUCAACGCAGCCGCAAGGGCGGCCCCGGCCUGGGCCUUGGCAUCUUCAUCGCCAAGACACUGCUCGAACGCAACGGCGCGACGCUGCGCUUUGCAAAUGGCGGACGGCCCGAAGCCGGCGCCGCCGUGACGGUCAGCUGGCCGCGCUCAUCCAUUGAGGCGGCGGCCGCGUAG